AUGAUUUCAUUGCAACAUUAUGAGCUUUUAAAAAAAAUACGAACAGGCAUUAGUCGUUUUGCGGCUUCGAUGUGGGAUACAAAACUUUCUGCCUUUGCACGUCAAAUUAUUCUUGGCUUUUCUCUUAUGUGUCUUCUGAUGUUCCAUAAAAUGGAUUUUCAUUUAGAAAGAAAAAAAGAAAAAUGCAGGAUGAAAGUUUAA